AUGCCUUUGGAAAAAAAAGGCAAUGGCUGGCGAGCUCGCCGCAAGAAGGGCGACACGACGUUCAGUGGCCCCAUCCGUACAACCGAAGCGGCUGCGAACGAAGAUAAGCAGCAAUUAGAGGAGGCGGCACCGGUGUCCAUGGACCGCUUGGAAGUUCAUGCCCGGCUUCGGCGCCGUGCUCGUCGUGCCUUGCCUGCUCCUUCCGUGGCUCAGCAUGGUAGCGGUUGGCGGAUCCGUGUGACCAUAGACAAAAAGAGAGUGUGUGGCCCGACGAGGAAGACACGAGCGGAAGCAGAGAAAGACAGCCGCCGUCUGACAGAGUCGGAGCACCGCAACACAGCGGAGUUGCAGAGCGCAGUGGAGCGCUUGCACCAGGAGGUUGCCGAGGUUGGCGCCGACAUGGACCAGGAGGUUGCCGACAUGGAUGAGGAGCGUCAUGGAGCAGGAAGACACGUCGCUGACUGA